CUCUCACGUAGCACGUUAACCUUCUCUCAUUAGAGUCACACUUAAGGCUUGGUUUUUCCCACAAAACUAUAUCGGAGACGAAUAUACCUGAAAUAGAGCCGGGAUAUGUGAACCAAGCACGCCUCGCCGGCAACGCGAGAACCACAACAAGCAGAGCCUUAUUUUGCGUGAUCCUCAAACGUCGAGUAAACAUCCCCAUUUUUUGGGACAGUUCACCUGUUGUAUGCCAUCAACCACGAAAAGGAUAUAGAUAACAGGGCAACUAUUUAUAACAGAAACAUGAUAACUGCACUCGAAGACAGAUGAACAAGAAGAGGAAACGCCAGAGGAGGCUCAAUUAAGUGCAUUUCUGGGCGUCCAGGACCUACCUGGAGGAGGAGGACGAGUAUGGCCUGAGUGUUAUGUGGCCCUUGAGCAGGACCAUGAAGUCGAGGAGACGCAAGAGUGUGCUGCAUGAGCUCAGGAGAAGGGAAUAUGGAGUCCCAUGUCCGUCUUGGACAAGCCUACAGGCUCUUCGUUAUUGUAUAUUUGGACCAAGAAGAAUGUGGAAACAGCUUUUGCAUGUAAAAGAAAGUUCAUCAAUUGAAUUUUGCGGGGAUCUUUUGUGGACAACAAAACCCGCAAAUGCAGAGGAUAGUGUUAUGCAAAGAAUUUGUGGUGAUGGACACCUCCUUCAGAUGUACAAAGUUGACUUGCACCCUCGACCAAAGGAAAUCAAGGUAUACGAUGUACCAGAUCCAGUCUAUAGGUCUUCUAUUCCAGGGCAAGAGUACCGGCCCGUAAUCUUUGUUCUCCGGAAAGGAAAUGUUUUGACACGUCAUGACCUGGAGAAAGGAACAGUUUUUGACCGUAUUCACCUGGGACAGAUUCAAACCAAGACGCUCUCGAUGAGUUUAAUGGAUGAUGUCCUCAUUGUCAAGUCGCCCAAACUCAAGAUUGAACCACAGACCGAGUACUUCUUUCACUUUAAAGUGUUUCAGAUGCAUCCCUUUGGACUUAUAGCUUCACUCAACAUUCAUGGAUCAGUAUUCCCAGGGGAAGAGGACAAGAAGAAGUAUGGGAAGAUGCGUGAUGUUGAGAUUCAUGAAGGCCUCUUGCUUGUUCUUACAGAAAAGAGCUUUAGUUUGAUUUAUGAUGCACAGGAAAUCAUCAGGAUGAAGAGCACAUCAAAAGAUUUUCAAGUCAUCCCAGACAGUAUAACAUAUGCAAAGGAUAUGGUAGUAGAAGCACCUCCUCUGCUCUUUGCAGCUUACACACACAUGGACAUUCUUGGCUUAGGUGCUUGUCCAUGGGCCUAUAUCAGAGCCAUGUCAGAUUGUCUGUUGCAGGUUCAUGACCUUGCUUCAGAGGAAUUGCUGGAAGGUGGACAAGUGAUGUGGGAAGACAGGAAUGAACAGCAAGUGUCUCCAGAUUAUUUAAUGUUUCAUCCAGAUGAUUCAAACAAACUUAUCCAUAUUAGGACUUCAAAAAUCAGGAUUUUAGCCAUCAAGGAGAGGAAUGGUAAGCGUUAUUUGGAGGAAGAAUUUACUUAUCCAGUGGAAAAAAGAUAA